CCCAAUCCACAUUUGCCUCCCCCAGAGCUGAAGAAGUCCCUGUACGCCAUCUUCUCCCAGUUCGGGCAGAUCCUGGACAUCCUGGUGUCCCGCAGCCUCAAGAUGAGGGGCCAGGCCUUCGUCAUCUUCAAGGAGAUCAGCAGCGCCACCAACGCCCUGCGCUCCAUGCAGGGCUUCCCCUUCUACGACAAGCCCAUGGUAGGGAAGCGGGAGAAGAGGAAGCCCAAGGGCCAGGAGACACCGACGACCAAGAAGGCCAUGCCGGGAGCAGCCGCCCCCGCGGCCAACGCCGUGCAGGGCGCCGUGCCGGGGAUGGCGAUGAACCAGGCUCCCCGCAUGAUGCACCACAUGCCAGGCCAGCCACCCUACAUGCCCCCGCCCGGCAUGAUCCCGCCGCCUGGCAUGGCUCCCGGAGGCAUGGCACCGGGCGGCAUGGCCCCCCAGCAGAUGAUGCCUGGCCAGAUGCCUCCUGCCCAGCCGGUCUCGGAGAAUCCGCCCAACCACAUCCUCUUCCUCACCAACCUGCCCGAGGAGACCAACGAGCUGAUGCUCUCCAUGCUCUUCAACCAGUUCCCCGGGUUCAAGGAAGUGCGGCUGGUGCCAGGGCGCCACGACAUCGCCUUCGUGGAGUUCGAUAACGAGGUGCAGGCCGGGGCCGCCCGCGACGCCCUCCAGGGCUUCAAGAUCACCCAGAACAAUGCCAUGAAGAUCUCCUUCGCCAAGAAGUGA